AUGGGGCAUGACGUGGAUGUAGCCGCUAACAAUGACAGAGUCCGUAUAGAACCAUAUGACCCCACGGUCACCACCUGGGACACUGAAACCUACUGCUCCCCAAAUGCCGAACCAGGUUUAGAAGAGUAUAACGUCAUCGUUACGCAAGGAAAAGAAGACGAAGUCAAACAGUGGUGCCCCAUUCCAAUGCUUGGAACAUUUACCUAUUCACAUAACGAUGGAAGUACUCUCACGUGUGCAGCAAGUUCUCUUCUAAGCGUGUGUGAUGCGUGGACAACGAUGACAUUUGACUACACUAAAUGCUCCACAGUUCAAGCUUUCUCAAGUGAAGGUGUUGUAAACUGUAUUGACACCGUGAAGAAAGGCUCCGUUUACUACACUACUGUUAUCAACCCAGGAUCCGUAGACAAUGUGGCCACCAAGAGAUUUACCUGCUAUUCCUUCAGCGAAUCCGGCUAUCAAGUACAUAUGAGUGAUAGUGCAAGCGGGUGUAACAAAGAUCAGGUACCAACAGUCAAACAGACGGAUGGCAGCGGGACUCUUACCCUAACCAAGCAAAGUAAACCCUUUCAGCUGUUUAGAUAUGUAUCAGAAUUUAGCCGUGCAUAUUAUAUUUCAUCACCACAUUAAAUUGGUUUCUUUUUC